AUGACAGAAAAGUACAAAUUUGACAAGAAUGAUCCCUUCUAUUUGUGUGCCCCAAUGUGUGGCCUCAUUCAUUAUCGGCAUGCCGCGAUCAUCGCGGGUCUUGGAGAAAUCGGAACUUUGGGGCUGGCAGUUGCUUCAUUCUACAGUAAGUUUCAAAUUGCAAAUAGUUUACACCUAUAAAGAAACCGUAAUAUCUUAAAUUUGCAGAUCUUCACUUGACCAAAGAGCUGACGGAUUUGUGGACAUUACUCGCCGCGAUUGGACUGCUUGUUAUUGCUUUUGUCACCACUAGUUUUAUGGUGAGUAAAGUUUGUUGGAUAGAAGUGGAAUCUAGACAAAAUAAUGUGUCCACUUUUCAGUUCUACGGACUGAAAGCUGAGAAGCCAAACUAUCUUCGUCCUCAACUCUACUUUUUGUCAUUCGAGAUCGCUCUGAUGAUAGCCAUGUCUGUACUUUCCAUUGCCAGUAUGUCCUUAGGCAUUGAGAUGACUAGUCGGAUAUUCUCGCCAUUUGUGAGGUGAGUCGUUUGUUUUUAUGACAAUAAAAAAACCCGUAUUUUAUCCUUUUAUGUCAUCAUGACGGACUUCAUUAAAUUUCGAAAAAUUCUGCGAAUUGAAAGGUCCGUUUUCAAAGUAACCUUCAAAUUUUUAGUGUAAAAGAUAUGGAGUUCCAUUUCGGGCCCAUCUGGCCCUUCUGCAUCGCCAUUGUGGCCUUCACUUGUGCCGCUUUGGGGAUCUGGUUCCAUUUAACGGUGGAUGGGGCCAGGGAAUUCUUAUUGGACAAAAAAUAUUUUGAUCACCAAUCCAACGACAAUGUCCCUCUCGAAUCGAAGGAAAAGAUUGAAGAAGAAGCUCAACGAUCCUCGAGCAGAGCUUGA